UUCUCGACGAUCAGCUGUGAUACAGACUGUUGAAGUUUAUUUAACCAUCCGCAGUCAUGUCAACUCCCAACCCGUACAUCCUCGCAGCGGAGAAUUCCCCGUCCUUAAUACCCCUCCUUCGAUCGAACCCUUCGCUCGCGUCUGCACAGGAUGAGCAUGGCUAUUCUCUUUUACACGCCGCAGCGUCGUACGGACACUUAGAGUUACUCCGCUCCUUGGUCCAGGAGUUUGGAGUCAACGUCAACCUUACCGACGAAGACGGAGAAACUUGCCUUUUCGUUACCGAGACUGUCGAGAUAGCACGUUGCUUGGUGGAGGAGCUUGGGGUAGAUCGGACUGUGAAGAACCACGAUGGAUUAACGGCAGAAGAGGCCAUUCUCGGCGAUGACUCCUUUCCAGAAGUUGCAGCAUAUCUAAAAGGAACCCCUGUGAGCAACCUCGCCGAAAACCUUGUUCGCCCGGGCCAACAGCUGCCUCCGAAUGUCACCGUGAGCUUUGGCACAAUGACCAAGCCAGCUGUCAAUGGAGAUGCGGAUGUUCCAGACCCGGAAUUUAAGCGAAGAAUAGAGGAGCUUGCGUCGAGAGAAAACUUCCACAGCGAGGAGAACCAACGGGAACUGCGAGAACUGGUUACGGAGGCGAUUAGGGGUGUCAAUGCGGAAACUCAACAAAAGGACCUUCGGCGGCGGUUAGACUGAAUAUUAUGACACGCGUGCGAUUCUCCGUGGCGCAUGGAUAUUAUAUGGUUGCUAUAUCACCCAAUUGCAAUACCCCGCUAUCCCGUUCCUAACGCUGGCAUGAGUCUCAGAAGCAAAGAACGUCCACCUGUGCUUAACCAUUGCAACAAUAAUUUGGAUGGUAGUCAUGCCGAAAUAAUCGCGGCGCUACAUGCUACCUACGAGUGAUCGCCCUGAUAGCUGAAAAUUGGCGCUCCAAGGCUUGCCAUUCGCCUAUAGAUGCGAAGAGGCGUCCCAAGGGCUAUAAGACUUAUUGGAAACCCACCUUGCUCCUCAUAACGAGCUUACACCGUUUAAGAACAUUUGCGGAGAACUCAAAACGGAGCGAGCCCGGCUCGGUCCCAUGUCAACUUUGGCAGAGUGCGGCGUUCCUAGGAAAUAGAAGCGAUGUCAAACUAGAUAUACCUAG